AUGAGCGGCCUCCCACCACCCGACAUACCCACCAUGACGCGGGGUCUACGAGAAGUAUGCGAAUUCGAAGGUCGCAGGUUUUACAGAAAAAAGGGCACACAGGAAUGGACCGAAGAUAAAUCCGACCCCGAAAGCACGAUGCCGCCUGCUGAAUUCCCACACCUCUAUCUAUAUCUCGUCACAGAGGAGCAAGGCCCCGGGGAACCCAAUCAUUGGGCCAUUUUCCUCGCGGACGAAAACGAGCCGGAUUAUGGCUAUGUCUACCAGGUUACCGGGGAAGCCGAGUCAAUGACAUACGAGCCUUCGGCUGAAAAGGUGAAUAUUUUCGACGCCGGUAUUACUUCGAAUGUCUAUACCCUGGCUGUCGUGUCUGAGGAACAGGCCAGGGCAGCGAAGUUGGUGAAGCAGAUCGCAGAGCAGGAGCCACCUCCUCGGGCGAAGGACCGGAAGUCUGUCACGGAGAACUGUCAGAGUUGGACCAUGCGUGUCAUCGCCAGAUUGGUCAAGGAAGGAAUUGUCAUGUCCCAGAAGCUUGAGAUGGCAAGAUCUAUGUUGCAGCCAGUUUGA